UUUAGCGGUUUCCCCUCCAACUGCGGCUCUUCUAACUGCUCCUUCCCCUCCAGAUAAGGCACACAAACCUCUCUCUCUCUCUCUCUCUCUCUCUCUCGUUUGGUGGAGAAAAAAGGGCAAGAGGACCUGUUCCAAAGACCUCUUCUUCGUCAGCUGCUUUCUCUCUCUGCCCCUCUCUCUCUUUCCUUCUUUAGCAAAAAUGUCGGCAGUAAUGGGAGCUGUGUCUGGUUCCAAGGACAUUCCCUUCAACAAUCCUGAUAUGGAGAAAGAAAAAGAGAAGGGCGGAUGCGAGAAAAACGAGCCGAGUGAGCUGCACCAUAACGACUCUGAUGCAGAACAAGACAAUGACGAAGAAUUCGAGAAGCUCGCCAGGAAACUCAGCUACACCUCCGUCUGUUCUACAGAGACUGAUUUCGAAGCCGACGAAGAUGACAAGAAUCUCGACCUCGGUCCUCAGUUCUCUCUCAAAGAACAGCUCGAGAAGGACAAGGAUGAUGAGAGUCUGACGAGGUGGAAGGAGCAGCUUCUUGGGAGUGUAGAUAUCAAUGCUGUUGGAGAGACUGCGGAACCGGAAGUGCAGAUCACGAGCCUCACGAUCCUGUCGCCUGACCGACCCGAUGUGGUUUUGCCAAUUCCCUUUACUCCUAAUUCCAAGGGCUUUGCAUUUGCCCUCAAAGAUGGAAGCCGCUACCGUCUCAAGUUCUCCUUCAUCGUCUCCAACAACAUUGUCUCGGGGCUUAAAUAUACAAAUACGGUCUGGAAGACUGGAGUCAGAGUGGAGAAUACAAGAUUAAUGCUGGGAACUUUCAGUCCGCAGCAAGAGCCAUACGCGUAUGAACUAGCAGAAGAAACCACUCCUUCGGGUCUCUUUGCAAGGGGUUCCUAUUCUGCAAGAACAAGGUUUGUAGACGACGACGGGAAGUGUUAUUUGGACACCAACUACUGCUUUGAAAUUCGAAAGGAUUGGCCGACAGAGUCUUGAGCUUUCCCUUUCCUUGAACCUGAAAAACUUACAAUUUGACGACUUGGGGUUGUUUGGAGAUUUAACAAAUCGACGUAAGGGAUGUUCUUCAAUUGAAUAUUGUAUCUUUUGUAAUUGAACCAGUGAGAAAUUACGCUCCAUUUGUUUUUUAAUUCUUUCUUUCUUUUUAAUGAGCUUAAGCCACAGAUGAGUUGUAGCAGAUCCCUGCUGCAGCAUUGAUAUUUUCAACGGCCUGUAUAUGGAGAUUCAUCUUGUGUACUGAAAACUUGUCCCAUGGUUCUUGGAGGUGUGUUUUUGGACCGUUGAAAACGUUGGAUUCUUUUUCACUA